GCGCAUGCGUGUUGAGGGGGUUGACGGCAGCCAGCUGCGUCUGCGCCUCGGGGACUGGCCGCCGGUCGGAUAGCUGCGCAUGCGUGUGCGUCGCUGGGCGGUCGGCCCGUCUCGUUGAUCUGUGCAGAUUUUCCCCUGAAUUCGCUUCUUCAAAAGAAAAAGUGGGGGCGAUUUUUUUUCAUAAUUAAAAUGGGAAAGCGCCUCAUCUGAUAGGAAUUUUCAAGGGAGAUUUAAUUGCUGAAAUCGAACGGGAAGUGAAGUCACAGUGGAGGCGGGUCUGUGCUUGAAUCUUAAGGCGGCAGAUUCGAGGAGGAAUUUUGAAGAAGGGCAGAGCAACGGGGUUAUUAAAGACUUGUACAACAAGUUUGACUCUCAGACAAAUUCACAGCAGUCUGUUGAAAAAGAUGCGGAGAUCUAAAUUACCUGUUUACCAACCAAAAGGCACACGUACUGCCAUUUCUCUGUUGGAGGCUUCCACUGCCAAGGUGCUGAAAGCAGAAAAUGAUAAUUUACAACCUUCAGCAAAACGUUUCCAUGUUAACCCAAUGCUGGCAGAACCAGAGAAAGAUUUACCUCGGACAUUUAACUUUUCACACAAAACUUCAAGUGCAGUCACUUUUGAGGCAACUUCAAAACAAUGGAAUGUACCAUUAAAUAAAAGAAAGAAAAUACCCCCAUUCUCGAGAAUGACUCGUGCUGACAUGGAGAAGUACAUGGCCCUGAAAGUGGUCGAAGCAGAGUUGAGGGACCAAAAUCAGCUGUUAGAAGUUGCCCAGAAGCAAUUAAAGCAAGAACUGAAGUUGGCUCAGAAUGAGGUACAUGAUUAUAUGAUUAAGAAUGAGGAUUUGCAAUCUGAAAAUGAAGCAUUGAACAAAAGGGUACAGAAUUGUAUGGUCAUACUGGAGAACAACCUGAUUGAUCCUGUUUCAGCCAAUAAAAUAAUUGAAGACCAUGAGCAAACGAGUGCAUGUCGAAGGGACACAACGGCACUUGUGGAGAAUCUCCAGAGCGAAUUAGAACAAUGGGGAAGGAACAUAAUGGAGAAGAAGGAGAGGUUCCGGGAGAUGAAGCUGAAGCUGCAGAAUGCCAAGGAAGAGAGUAAUAAACUUGUAGAAGAAAUGGACUUCUUCAAGCAAGAAUUGGAGGAGUGGAGAUCCUGUUUAAGUCAAUUUAAACAGCUUUUAGAUCAGAAUGUUGAAUGAUCUGAAUAUGAGGAUUACAAUGAACUAUUUUAAAUUUGUAUAGAAAGUGUAUGUACUUGGAAGAACUGUACAGAAGAUGAAAUGAAGACAAUGGACAAGUAAUAAUGGUUUACCUUGUAAAAUAUAUUUUUUAAUUCUGCAUUUUGCUCCUGGUAUAUUUUGGACUGGAAUGUUUUCUAUUGAAUCUGAAUCCACUUGAGCAGCUCUGCUCUCUAACUUGGUUUGCUAUUAAAUAUUUUGUGGAAAUU